GGGUAAAGAACUAGGGUUUAUCAGUUUAUGAUACCUUUGAAGUUUGAACCCAUCCAUGGCUGGUUGAUCACUUAUGCUCUUUUCCAUGGCACUUUCCAUCUGUAAACUUGCAAUUUUAAGCAGACACAUUUCUCCUAUUCCUCUUUUCUUUUACUCUUGUCCGAAACUCCUUUUGCUCAGUAAUCUAUCUCUAUCAUCAGUUUGCUGGAAUUCUGAUGUGCCCACUAAACUUGUUGAUGAAACAGAGUUCAUCAUCAAGCCCUCUGAGAGCCCAGAAAGUGGUCUUAAAGCUCGAGAAUGGAAGAAAAUUAGUUCCAAAGAACUUGGGAUCAGUACAUCAUUGAUUUCUGAACCUACUAGGGUGGUCCUUAAGAGGCUGAAGAAAAAGGGAUAUGAGGUUUAUCUUGUUGGAGGCUGUGUUCGAGAUCUUAUCUUGAAGCGUAUACCGAAGGAUUUUGAUAUAUUGACCUCUGCAGAGUUGAGAGAGGUAAAAAGAACAUUUCCGCGCUGUGAAAUUGUUGGAAAGAGGUUUCCCAUUUGCCAUGUGCAUAUCGAUAACAAUGUCUUAGAGGUCUCAAGUUUUAGCACUGGCCAGCAGAAGUACAACAGAAAUCUAAGUUUUGCUGUAGGAGGACCCAUCAGCUGUGAUGAAGGGGACAAAGUUCGUUGGAGAAACUGUAUUCAGCGGGACUUUACAGUUAACGGGUUGAUGUUUGAUCCUUUUGCAAGAUUAAUUUUUGACUAUUUUGGGGGCCUGGAAGAUAUUAGAAAAGCUAAAUUGCAGACUAUAAUUCCUGCAAGCACCUCCUUUCGCGAGGACAAUGCUCGAAUCCUGCGUGCAAUCAGAAUUGCUGCCCGGUUAGGCUUUAGUUUAUCCAGGGAAACAGUUCAAUCAAUUAAAAAUUUAUCAUGUUUGAUAUUAAGGCUUGAUAAGGCUAGAAUACUUAUGGAAAUGAAUUACAUGCUUGCUUAUGGUUCUGCUGAAGCAUCUCUAAGAUUGUUGUGGAAAUUUGGUCUGCUAGAACUACUUCUCCCUCAUCAGGCAGCAUAUUUUGUUCGUUGUGGCUUUCGGAGACGUGACUCUGGAUCAAACUUGCUUCUGGCUAUGUUUGCAAACCUGGACAAACUUGUGGCCCCAGAUAGGCCAUGCCACAGUAGUUUAUGGGUCACAAUCUUGGCAUUUCACAAGGCUCUAUCUGACCAUCCUAGGGCUCCUUCAGUAAUUGCUGCCUUUACACUUGCUGUUAAUAAUGGCGGGGACAUUGCAGAAGCAGUUGAUAUUGCGAGCUUGAUUUCUCGGGCUAGUGAACAGAGCUUUUGUGAAUUGCAAGAAUCUCAGAGUUUGGAGAAAAUGGUACUGAGGGACCAUGUCCUGUGUCUUGCAGGAUCAGUUAAUCGUGCUCUUUCCGAUAUGACCGAUGGAAAUGUUGUGUCAAAAGCGAUGGCUAAAUAUCCUCUGGCACCUUACUCUGAUUUGGUAUUUAUUCCACUGGGAUUAUAUCUAAGAGUUUGCAGGAUUUUUGAAUGUGUUGAUAAAGGUAAAGAGAAGGGAUUUUUGCCGAAGAAGGAUGGUAAGAUAGAUUAUCAGAUGUUAGCUGUAGGAGGUUUGCAGGAAGUGAGGCACAUGUUUGCUAGGGUAGUUUUUGAAACUGUCUACCCCCUUAGUCUUGUUGAAGAUCACACUAUUAUAUAUUGUAACGCCGAUACAUUCAAAAGAAAGAAGAGGGGGGGGGGGUGUGCAAGAGAUAAUUGUGAUCUAAUAAUGUAAUACACUUUUUUGGUAGGGUUUUCGGUUAGCAUUUACUUCCUUCGUUUUUUUAUAGAUGCUACAUUUCCCUUAAAUGGAAAUGUCAUAAUAGAUGCUACAUACCAUAAAUGGAUUCCUUUUCACCAUAAAAAUCUUAAAAUACUAUUAAAAAGUUGGUGGUCCCCCACCUUCUCUUCUAAAAUACUCAUACUUUUUCUUUAACAAAUGGUUUUUUAUUCAAAAAGUGGUGGUCCCUUAUUUUCUCUCUCUACCUUUCUUAAACCUCCCCCCACUUUCUCUAUGUAGCAAGAAUAAAAACACGGAGGAAGUAUAUUACUAAAGGGUAUGUAAGUGCAAGGGUAUUGACUCACUGAUGAUAUUAAGAUAAAGUACAACAUUUUUGCGUUUUUAUUCCCAGAAUCUUCCCACGUAAUAAGCAUGUUUAUGCCAAAGAGCGUUUAAGAGUCAA